AUGAAGCUGAUAGAAUCGUCUGAUACUGUUAAAUUUCCAAAAGAUGUAAGCUUUACUAUUAAUAAACGAGUAAUAACAGUGACUGGCCCGCGUGGAACGCUUCGACGUGAUUUUCGUCAUCUUAGCAUGGAAAUUCAGCGAGUUAAAAAAGAUACGGUUCGCGUACGAAAAUGGUUUGGUGUAAGGAAAGAAGUUGCUGCAAUUCGAACAGUUUGUUCACAUAUUGAAAAUAUGAUUAAGGGUGUCACAAAAGGUUUUCGUUACAAAAUGCGUUCCGUCUAUGCGCAUUUUCCAAUAAACGUCUCGCUUCAAGAGAAAAGUUCUGUUGUUGAGAUUCGAAACUUUUUGGGCGAAAAAUAUGUGAGACGAGUAACUUUGCCAGACGGAGUACGGGCCACAUUAUCUGCAAAUCAAAAAGAUGAACUAAUUAUUGAUGGAAAUGAUAUCCAGCUUGUUUCUCAAGCAGGUAAUAUUUUUAUUUUCAAUAGUAAAUUUUUAUAA